CAACAAUAGAGUUCUUGGGUUGCCUAAACUAGGUAGCUCCUUCUCUCUCCGUCACUUGCCCUUCAUCGCUAUCCAACGCCAUCAUCACUUUGUCUUUCAUCUCACUUCCCGUUCAUCACCAUCCUACCCCAUCUCUGUCUUUGCUGCCUUGCUAUCUGAAUACCCUCCUAUGAUAUCCAGUGACAAGAUGCCGAUCCCUGAAAAGUACGCGUCGCUCAUGCCCGAGGACUGGAAGUUGAGCUUGCGUGACCAACAGAAGCGGACGGCCAGCCAGGUCUCCCAGCUUUCGCAAUUCCCUGCCGCGUCCUCAGACGGGCUUUUAGAGACGAGAGCCAACAAAUCCGUAGUCGAAGAGGAAUUUCAGGAAGAACUGGCUUCAACGAUUGCUCAAAUUGUCCCACUUACCAGAAGUCUGGACACUCUUGCUAGACAGAAACGAGUUAUUGAGGAGGAUCUGGAAGAUGAAAUUGCCCCGAAGAAACUCAGAGACGAGGAACCAGACCUUGGUUUUCUGGAACGGGCGUAUGCCAGCACCGUUACAGCACGAGUUAUGGGGGCCUCCGCGAAGCAAAGCAAGCAAUUCUCGAAGAAAGAUCAGUCGGCUUUUCGCCAAGCUGUGCUCCACCGGUACCAGGCGCUGAAGCUCGAUGAUUCCACGAAUUUGGCUUACUGCCACCUGACCGGGUGGUCGGAUGCGGAAUACGUGAAGGCCGCCCACCUGGUGCCCAAGCUCCUGACUGGUCAGGAGAUAUCCUUCCUCUUCGGCGUCAAGGAAGUACCCUUGACAGAUCCACGCAACGGUAUCUCCCUCAACAAGAAUAUAGAGAUAGCAUUGGAUCAGGGAAAGAUCGCGAUUAUUCCCUCGUCCGACCCGGGUAGAAAGCCGAUCAAGUGGAAAUGUGUACUCGUAGACCCUGAUAUGGGAGGGCAUAUCGCGAUGGCAUUCGCCGGUACAAUCGUCAAGUGGAAGGAACUCGACCACAAAGAGCUCGUUUUCCUCUCGGAUAACCGACCAGCUCGCCGCUUUCUAUACUUCAGGUUUCUGAUAACCUACCUAAAUGCAAAACGCGCCAAUAAUACGGCGUUUACCUCCACAGUCGAAAGCAAAGACCAGUUUUGGGCAUCUCCUGGCGACUACUUGGAGAGGUCAACUCUCAAGUCGCUCGCCAGAAAUAUCUCUGGUCUCGAACUACCUCCCACUCUUCUCGAACACACGUUCGAGCACGAGCCCCGAGACGAGUCGGCCGCGGACUCCACGGGCACUAUCCUCUCCUCCCUCCUGAGAGAGGCAACAGUGGAGAGCACCAGGGAGUUGGAGGAGGGGGAAUCGGAUGGCGAAGAUGAGGAGGAAGGCCAUGUCGUUUAGAAGGGUUUUCGGUUUUGUUGUAGCCACAAGCCAAGGUCAAUUUGUCACCCUAGCCUAGAAUAUUAUAACCCCAAUUCAUGUUUGGCGAAUUUGGCAAUUUUUGAUGUAUUUGGU